AUGGCGGCGGGUACGUCACGUGAAGCUGGCGGAGUCCCUGGUAGCAUGGAGGCGGCGGAUGGGACACAGCAAGAGGAAGAGGUCGAGGAACAAUUAGUUGUGGUAGAAUUGUCUGGAAUAAUUGAUUCAGACUUUCUGGAAAAAUGUGAUAAUAAAUGCAAGAUUUUGGGAAUUGACACAGAGAGACCUAUUUUGCAAAUAGACAGAUAUAUCUUUGCUGGAGAAUAUGAAGAUACCCUUGGAACAUGUGUAGUGUUUGAGGAAAACCAUGAUCAUGAUGUGGAAGGCAACCAAAAAUUGCAACUAAAAUAGAAAUGCCACACAAUGAAGAAACUAAAUAUGACGCGGACACUUCUGAUUGAGAAAAAGGAAGGGGACGAGAACAUAGGAGGCGGCAUAGAAUGGCUAGAUCUUAAAGACAAAGACUUCUCAUACAGCAGACCAAACAUGAUUUGUAAUUUCUUGUAUGAAAAAGAUGACGAAACAGCUGAAUCCCAAGAUAAGCUGACAGAAGAGUCUGAAAAAGAAGCCAGUGACAAAGAAAACAUGGACUGGAAUUUGGAACCUGGGAUUCCAGUUGACACUGUAAAGGAUGAUGCUGAACCUCUUUUGGAUACUCCAGAUCCCAUCACAGAGAAUCCUUCCAUAGAGAACAGUCAGAACAUUGCUUCAGAAGAGCCUCCACAUUGAUAUAAGCUGUUUGAUUGAGCAGCA